GAGAGAGCGAGCGAGGAGAGCGAGAGAGAGCGAGAGAGAGGAGCAGGAUAGGUUGUCAUACAGCAGGAGGGAGCGGUCCAGAGAGAGGGAGCAGCAGACGGGUGGAGGACAACACAGACAGGAUGCGUGAAUAUAAACUUGUUGUUUUAGGAUCAGGAGGAGUCGGCAAAUCUGCCCUGACGGUACAGUUUGUUCAGGGGAUCUUUGUAGAGAAGUAUGAUCCAACAAUAGAAGACUCGUACAGGAAGCAAGUAGAAGUUGAUGGGCAGCAGUGUAUGUUGGAAAUCCUGGACACAGCAGGAACCGAGCAGUUCACGGCCAUGAGGGACCUGUACAUGAAGAACGGCCAGGGCUUUGCUCUGGUUUACUCCAUCACAGCUCAGUCCACCUUCAACGACCUUCAGGACCUCCGAGAACAGAUCCUCCGAGUCAAGGACACGGACGACGUUCCUAUGGUCCUGGUGGGGAAUAAAUGUGACCUGGAGGCGGAGCGGGUGGUGGGCCAUGAGCAGGGCCAGACGCUUGCUGCCCAGUGGAACUCCUGCGCUUUUCUGGAAACAUCUGCCAAGAGCAAGAUCAAUGUCAACGAGAUAUUCUAUGACCUGGUGCGGCAGAUUAACAGGAAGACUCCGACUCCUGGUAAAGCUCGCAAGAAAUCCAACUGUCAACUGCUUUAAUAAACAGGUGUUCCACCCACCUGACAAACGACCAACCAAUCACAGGACCUCUUCCUUCUUGGCCACGCCCCUUCAACAUAAACCAAUAUUAUUGACCUUCAAACAGACCUCUGAACCCUGCCUCCAUCAACUCAUCAUCUCCAUUGGAUCCCUGUACAGCUGUCACUAACAAACUGUUGACUUGGAAACAUUAAAAGCAGAAGUGAUGAAGAUGAUGGCCAAGAUGAUGAAGAUGAUUCCGUCAUUGGCUGCUGGUGCUAGGGGCGGUGCUUAUCGGGUUCUCUCUCCUCUGCUUCCUGUUAAGUCUGAUCAGAGUCAUACAUGCACAGAGUUUGGCCGCUAGCUUUCGCUGAGCACCCAGUGAUUCUCCUGUAGUUCUGUCGGAACAUCACCAUGGAGACGUGAUGCAGGACGGGGAUCCAUAUUGACAAUGUACACUUGUUUCUUCAAGCAGGCGAAGACCCCACAACAACCCGGACUAACUCUGUCUAUCUGUGGUUCUGGUCCAACCUGUGGAUUCGUAGUAUUGAUUAUGUUGCUUAUAAUCUGGACCCUUUGUGUGAAAUGAUAAAGAAAAGUCUAAAUCUGCUUUGUUGUUUUAGUGCAGAGAUCAGCAGGUCCGAGCCCCCCCCCCCUUCUUCCAUCCAGGAAGUUGAACAAACUGGUUCAAAUACGUCAGAAACACCAGUAAUCCCAGACUGGGACCAAUAAAACCCCCCCUGCAGAUGAAGAGCUAGCUAGCUAGCAGCACCAACAGUUUCCUAGAGGAUGCUAAAGAUGCUAGCACAUAGUUCCUGAAUUAGCUAAAAACCAAAUUGUUAAUCUGUAAGAAGUUGUGAGUGGAGGUCAUGGCUCAUGUAACAUCUGCAGGACCCUGGUUGUGAAUGUGGAGCGUCUCCUGUAAUGGCCUCGGUUCAGGUCGGGCUGAAGGGCAUUAAAGGAGUCCCCCGUCUGACUUUUACUGGUCUCUGAAAACCAAGCAGCGUCCAGGUCACCGCUGAGCCGCCACAAUGAACCAAGAUGAAGAUCCUGUUCAGCACAACUGAAAUGUCCAAGUGUUUCUGAACAGUAGAAACAACAAUCAGAAAUAUCACAAGUAGUACUACUACUUCGACUGUUUGAAUAGUAGCGGUACUUUUACUCUCAGUUACUGUAAGUGGUGGAGAUCUGGCAGAGAGAGGAGACACCAGCCCUGCCCUCACUCACACCACGUGUCUGGACCAGCCCUGCUCUCUCUGUGUGUGUGUGUGUGUGUGUGUGUGUGUGUGUGUGUGUGUGUGUGUGUGUGUGUCUGUGGAGAACAGGGGUCCCUGUGAGCGUCAACAUAAUGGCUAGUGGCCAUGAUGACCUCCUGGCCCAUGUGACCCGGGUGUUUUUUCAUGUUGAGGUGGUUUAUGUGAAGAUGUGGUGAUAGAAACCACGUUGCUGUCACGUGUGACUAUAUUAUAUUAUACUUACCCCGUGUUGUUGCAAGGUAUUGUGGGUAUGAUUUGGCCAAAACACAGUGGCAAACCGUGGAGAUCCUCAGUCGUCCACUUUAUGAAGCAACCAAAUAACGACGGAAGAGAGCAAACAUCUGGAGAUGUUGACGGCGUUCUUUGUGAAGUCGUGCUGGCAGGGAGCGGGUGGGUGGGCCGAAGCAGUGAAGGUGGAGACAGUCUGCAUGUCACGUCCAAAAUGAUGAGCAUUCAAACACCAAACUGACCUGAGACCCACCGACAGCUACGCUGUACAUCCCCACCCGACACCCAACCACCAUCCACCUAACCAACAUCCAAUCACUACUCACCCAACAUACAUCCAACAGACAUCCACCCAACGUCCAACCAACAUGCAACCUCCAUCUGCCCAACGUCCAACCACCACACACCUAACAUCCAUCUGACACCCAACCAACGUCCAGCCAACAUGUCCUCGGUAUCCUGUUGAAAGUGCUUGUAGUUGUAGUUGGUGUUGUGGCCCAGAGGUCUAGUGAGCGUCGCUGAUGGAGAAUGUUCCCUCCUGCAUGGGAUGACUGGCUGCUGGGGGGUUCGUUGAUCUGUGAUUUGUGGAGUUCUUGGAAGCAGCAGCAGCAGCAGCAGCAGCAGCAGCAGCAGCUGCAGUUUGGUUUACAGAGCAGGAUGUCCAAAAUACUGCCUUAAAACUUCUACAACAUGGUAAUUACUGUAGUACCUGCUGGCCCAUAGUACUACACUACAGUCAUACUAGUGUAGAAUGUGCUGGUCUGUAGGCUGUUUGAUAAGACUGCUCGGUUAAAGUUUCUCUGGAAUGUUCUGGUGUCUGGUGAGAAUGUCUAAUGCUGAGGUUGUCAUGUAGCAUGUAAAUAUUUUUAACAUUUUUCUUGUAUUCAGACACAGAGUAAUUGAGUCCUCUCAGAGCUGCAGGGGACUUAUUCCACAAGCCCGAUUUCAAAAGUUUGCAUGAACAUGCCUCUGUCAGAGCAGCACGCUUUAAACCGCCAUCUUUAAACCUCUGAGAUACAGCUGGCCUCUGCUACCCUCCAGCGGUCACUCAGAGAAUGACAGGGCGGAGUCGCUGCUGCUUCCGGGACCAGGAGGGUAUAUGAACAGAUGCUUUUUCUUUUUCAGCACAUCUCUGUCGUAACGAGGUGAAAAAACUCAGUUAUUUUCCCGCCCCACCCCAGGUGAGCAAAUCUGGAGGGGAGGGGAGUAAAUGGCCCCCUCCCCCGCCAGUUGCCACUAUGGACUCUGCUUGGCUGUGUGUGUGGGGGGGGCGGGGGGGGCUGUAGCCAAAUGUAAACUAAAAAGCCUUAAAUAAAUAAAGUGGUGCAAUUU